GUCUUUAAGUCACAACUGUAGUCUCUCUGUUACAAUAUAAAGAUAAGACGAUCAAAGGCAAUGGAUGGACGAUAUUUCUCUCCCUUGUGGUAUUAGCUAAUCGAAGCAAACAAUUGUUGCUCGUGGAAGUGAAAACUCUGUAUUUAUUUCCAGUGAAAACAGUGUCGCAUAAGAUAUUUUAACUAUCCAUUAUGGCAUCUUCUUCCACUGGUCGUAAACGGAAGUAUGAUGUGUUUCUUAGCUUCAGAGGUGAGGAUACUCGUGAUAAUUUUACUAGUCAUCUCUAUGAUGCUUUGUGUCGUAAAAAAGUCAAGACCUUCAUAGACAAUGACCUUCAAAGAGGGGAAGAAAUAACUCCAGCCCUUUUGAGAACGAUUGAAGAAUCGAAGAUUUCUGUAAUCAUUUUCUCCAAAAACUAUGCAUCUUCUCCAUGGUGCUUGGAUGAAAUGUCCAAAAUUAUUGAAUGCAACGAUACUUAUGGACAGAUAGUUUUGCCAGUUUUCUAUCAUAUAGAUCCAUCUCUUUUACAAGAACAAAGUGGGAGUUUUGUAGAUGUAUUUAUCGAUGCUGAGAAGAACUUUAAGGAGAAAAUGGAAAAAGUGCUAAGGUGGAGGGUCGACUUGAUGAAAGCGGCUAGUAUAUCUGGAUGGGAUUCUCAGGUGAUUAGACCUGAGGCCAAGCUUGUGAAUGAUAUUAUGAAACAUAUUUUGAGGAAGUUGAAUCAUGCAUCCUUUAGAGAUUCAAAAGGCCUGGUUGGGAUAGACUCUCACAUUGAACAAAUUAGAAAGUUGUUGUGCUUUGGGUCACCAGAUGUUCCGAUUGUUGGAAUUUGGGGUAUGGGUGGGAUAGGUAAGACGACUAUUGCUGAAGCAAUUUUCUAUAGCGCUUCAAGUGAAUAUGAAGGUUGCUGCUUUCUCAAAAAUAUUAAGGAAGAGUCAAAAAGAUGUGGGCUAGAUUUUUUAAAACAAAAACUAUUAUUUGAAACAUUAGAGGAAGAAAAUCUACAUACUCUAAGUCCCAACAUGGGGUCCAUUUCCAAUGAGGACAGGCUCCAAUGCACAAAGGUUUUUCUUCUUCUUGAUGAUGUGGAUGAUGUAGAUCAAUUAGACGCCCUAAUUAGAAGAUCGAAUCUUGGUUUGGGAAGUAGAGUUAUUGUGACAUCUAGAGAUAGGCAGGUUCUUAAGAAUGUAGUUGAUGAUGUAUAUGAAGUUGAGGGAUUAAAUGAGGAUGAAGCUCUUCAAUUGUUCAGUUUGUAUGCUUUUAAGAAAAACUGUCCCCUGAAAGAUAGGAUAGACUUAUCAAAUAAGGUGGUGAAUUAUGCUCAGGGAAACCCAUUGGUGCUUAAAGUUUUGGGUUCAUAUCUAUUUGACAGAAGGAAACGAGAUUGGGAAAGUGCACUGAAUAAACUUGGAAGAGGUCCACAUUCUCAAAUCUGUAAUGUAUUAAGAAUAAGCUUUGAUACGCUAGAUGAUGAAGAGAAAAGUGUAUUUCUAUUUCUUGAUAUUGCUUGCUUUUUAAGGGGCACCAAAUUGAUUUCGAAAAUUGAUUUCGUUAAGAGAAUCCUUGAUGGUUGUGGUUUCUCAGCUGAUAUUGGAAUCAGUGUUCUAGUUGAUAGAUGCCUCAUUACUGUCCUUGAAAACAAACUAGGGAUACAUGACUUGUUGCUUGAAAUGGCUCAUGAAAUUGUUCGGCAGGAAUCUGUUGCCAAGCUGGGCAAGCGCUGUAGACUGUGGAAUCCUAUUGAUAUCCUUCAAGUGUUGACCAAAAAUCUGGGAACUGAAAAGGUUGGGGAAGGGAUAUUUUUGGAUGCAUCAACAAAGGAAGAAUUGAACUUAUGUUCCAGAGCUUUUUUGCGAACAUGGAAUAAUUUCUUAUACUGCUUAAAAUUUACAAUGCUUAGGAAUUUGGAAAUAACAGAAAAAAAUUGCAACCUUCAUCAUGGCCUUUGGAGUUUCUUUCUGGAUGAGUUAGGUAUUUUUUUUCCUUCUUUUUAUCAUGGCCUUGAGUUUCUUUCUGAUGAGUUGAGGUAUCUCCACUGGGAUGGAUACCCAUUAAGGUCUAUGCCAUCUAAUUUUCAAGCAGAGAAACUUGUUGAACUGAACCUAGCAUACAGCAACGUUAAACAACUAUGGACAGGAGUGCAGCUUAUUCUCUCUGGAUGCUCAAACAUCACCCAGUUUCCAGAUGUUUCAAGGACUAUAAAGAAAUUAAUUUUAGACAAGACAGCAAUAGAAGAAAUUCCCUCAUCAGUUCAGUAUUUAUGUGAACUUGAGGAAUUGAGCAUGCAACAGUGCACAAGUUUUCAAAUUCUUCCUAGCAGUAUUUGCAAGUUGAAAUCUUUGCAAAAGCUUAAUCUGUCAGGUUGUUCCAUGUUUCAGUGUUUUCCAGAAGUUUCAGAGGUUAUGGGAUCAUUGAGGUAUCUUUAUUUAGAUGGAACCGCCAUUACAAAGCUACCCUCACCUAUUGAAAAUCUAAAGGGGCUAUCGAGCUUGGAAGUGAGAAACUGCGAAAAUCUUUCCAUAUUGCCAGAGAUGAUCUCAGGUAUUGAAUAUUUUCUCAACAUGCCUGACAGAGGAGUAGAUAUUCAAAAUUUACGGAAGUUAUAUCUAACGAACUGCAGUUUUUUGAACGUGCCUUAUGGCAUUGGUUGCUUAUUCUCACUUGAAGCAUUAGAUCUAAGUGGAAACAAUUUUAGGAAGAUACCUGAAAGUAUCAAUAAGCUCAUUGAGCUGCAAUACCUUGGUUUAAGAAAUUGCCAGGACUUAGUAUCAUUACCAGAUCUUCCACCGCAACUGGCAACAUUAGAUGCACACAAUUGCAUUUCACUGAUUGAAGUAUCAUUUGAUUCAACUGGAGUAAAAGGAAAUAUUUUUGAAUUCUUUUUCACUAACUGUGACAUGUUGGGCUCUGGUGCAAGGCACAAUAUAAUGGAAUAUGCCCUCACAAAAUUUAUGCGCUAUGCAAAAAGACUGAACAACCAGAUUCCUUCUAUACUAGCAGGAGAAUCUAGUUUUUGCAUUAAUGGACGUGCAAUCCCAAGGUGGUUUGGCCAUCAAAGUGAAGGAUUUUCUACGACAAUGAAGCUACCUUCACAGUGGGCUAACAUCAAGUUCCUGGGUUUCACUUUGUGUGUUAUUAUUAAAUUCGACGGCAUUUAUUUUCGGGGCAACAAUGGUUUCCAGAUUAGGUGUCAAUAUCACUUCAAAAAUGAGUACAGAGAGUGCAGUGAUCUCCAUUCUUAUUUUGGUGGUUGGUACGGUAAAAGAACUCUCGUAACUUGUCAUCCCAAUCCGUUUGGGACAAACUAUCGUAUGUUCUUCGGGUAUGAUCCAUGUGUGGACGCUACAAAAGAUGAUCAUUUCAGUAAAUAUAGAGAGUUAGUAGUUGAAUUCUACCCUGAAGAUAUGGAUGGCAAUCCUUUACACCGUUGCAAAGUGAUGAAUUGUGGUGUACGACUACUAUAUUCUGAAGAGGAGGUAUUUUGUCGAUGUCUACAAACAGAAGAAAAAUUUUCCAAAAUUAGUGCUUUUCAUGCAAGAUAUGGUCGAUCCUUUGCAUGUUUUGAUGUAGAUGAUGAGGAAGACACAGACACUCUUGCCUCUUAAAUAUGUAUGUAUGUCUGAACUAAAACGUAAGUUUUUGGCUUGCCGAGAAGCUCAACGGGAAUUAGGCCCUGAAGGAGUCGAACAGAUCAACAUGUCCAACAAAAAAGAAAAAGAAAAUGAAAAGGUAGAACGUGGGCGUUGCAAGUUUUUAAGGCACCUCCAAGUUAUUUUUUUAACAUUUAUACAUACGUAAUUUUAAGGAAAGUUAUAAAUAUUAUGCAUAUUGUAGUGAUUAGAAUAGUUUUAAGUUAUAUUUAUUAUUCCAUUCAAACUAAA